UCGUGAUGUCAUAAAGUGGGGGGACAGUUAUGCUCGUGGUACAUCUUUUUAUUGAUCCAGAUACCUAUCAAGCUUUUGUCUGGCCAACAAUUUUUAGUAGAACAAUAAAAUAGCUAAGAGAGAUUCUAUCCUCUCAUUAGUUUGCUAUAAAUCCCAUUUUAAUCAAGGCUAGAAGAAACUGGUCGGAGUGAUCCAUCCCCACGCAGAGCAGCUCAGAGAGGAGGCUGGAAGCUUCUACGAGCCGGAAGAAGACAACCAACGAGGAGGAGAUGGAGGUAGACUGUCCCCCGGAGGAGUCCAUAUCAUCCGCCUUCGAAGAAGACUCCAUUGAACUCGGAGACGUCAAGGACAUGAGGUUGGAGGCGGAUGCAAUCGUCAACGAUGUUCUCUUCGCCGUAACAGAAAUGCACAUCUCGCAAAGCCUCACCAGCACAUCAGACGUGGCUUACAUCAACGUGGAGACGAGAGAGGGGAACCGCUACUGUCUGGAGCUGACCGAGGCCGGACUCAGGGUGGUGGGCUAUGCUUUUGAUGAGGUAAAUGAGGAGCUGAACACCCAGUACCACGAGACCGUUUACUCCCUUCUGGACACGCUUAGUCCGGGAUACAGAGAAGCGUUUGGAAAUGCUCUGCUUCAGCGGCUGGAAAAGUUGAAGCAAAACGGACAGUAAAAAUUACAAUGAGCAUCUGGGUCAUACUUAAAUACUAAAUAACACCCAAGUUUUUACUUUGGCUUGUUAUGUAAUGUCUAGUUGCCUUUUUACUACAGUUAAGGCUACAGAGCCCUAUCAACCUAAUUUUGCUCUAACUUUCUUAAUGUUGAAGGAGUUUAUAUUAGUUAGCUUUAGGGACUGCUUCAGAUAGGCUGUUUGGGAUCUGUUGCAACAGUUUGCUGUUUACUGUGGAAACAUCUUACUUCUUCCACUUGAUAUAAUGUAGUGACUAAGUGAUAAAGCUGCUCUUUUUUAGUCAUCAAAAUGAUGCAAAAAGAGUUAUUUAUUUUGAUCCAGCUUCUCCAUCUGCCCAGCAGCUCCUACGAAAGAAAGCUGUGAUGUUUCUAAUAUUUCCCAACCAGUUUUUAUUCAACCUGUUUUUUGCAGUUUAAAGCAAAUUGCCUUAAUGAGUUUUUAGAAGACUACUAAAUUUAGUUUAAGAUUUUCUGAGAUUAAUUUCAAUUAAACUCAUUUAAUAUCUUUCAGUCCCAGUUCAUAUGUUAGAUAUUUUUACAAUUUUUUAUGGUUACAUGUUAGCUUGCAUUUUAAGCUGUACAAAAGUUCUCUUGUUAUUGUUGGUUUUGUAUUGAAUCUCUUGGUUCUGCCAGAAAGCACAGCAUUUAUUGCUCUCCAGGAAAGACUUUUAAAGCUGCUUUAAACAUUUUUAAUGUACAUAUAACCUGUCAUUACUGAGUUAUAAUCCUUCAGUGUUUUGCAUUAAGCUGAGGAAAGAACAAGUUUCCUCUCUGCAUUUGUACAUUCCCUUCAUUAUUAUUGCCCUUUGCUAACAAUAAAAUCUCAGUAAAUCA